AGCGCUGCCUGAUUCGUAGCUUUGCAGGAGGGUGCAGCCAGGCCCGCGCCGGAACCAUGGUACGUUGGAUCCCGAAUCCCUGGAAGGUUUAAGGCACAAGUCCAAUGUUUGGGGGAUGGCAAGUCACCUUUCCUGCCAUUUUUAGCGUGGCCCGGGGCCACGGGGCUACAGGGCAUGCUAGGCUCAGCCGACGGGAGGUCUCCGGCAGUGAUUCAGCAUCUCUGGCCUGUCCCGGCGAGGGACAGUCGGUAGUCGGUGCGGCAUUUCCACCGCGACUGAGUUUCUCUUUCUGCGGGGCCUGGGACACUUCCUCCUCGGCCAACUAGCCGAGUUCACCUCUCAGGUCCCUUCAUUGGAGGAGAUUCUGAGCGGUCCAGCGUGGCCCCUCGUGUUUUGUGUGGGAGAGCAGAAGACAGGGAAUUAACUUGAAGGCCUACUUAUGCCGCUUAUAAGUGCGGACUUAACCCCAAGUUUCGCAACCAGUAUGACAAUGAUGUUACUGUUUGGAGCCCUCAGGGCAGGAUUCAUCAAAUUGAAUAUGCAAUGGAAGCUGUUAAACAAGGUUCAGCCACAGUUGGUCUGAAGUCAAAAACCCAUGCAGUGUUGGUAGCUUUGAAAAGGGCACAGUCAGAGCUUGCAGCUCAUCAGAAAAAAAUUCUCCAUGUUGACAACCAUAUUGGUAUCUCAAUUGCGGGGCUUACUGCUGAUGCUAGACUGUUGUGUAAUUUUAUGCGCCAGGAGUGUUUGGAUUCCAGAUUUGUAUUUGACAGACCACUUCCUGUGUCUCGUCUUGUCUCUCUAAUCGGAAGCAAGACCCAGAUACCAACACAACGAUAUGGCCGGAGACCGUAUGGUGUUGGGCUGCUUAUUGCUGGUUAUGAUGAUAUGGGUCCUCACAUUUUCCAAACCUGUCCAUCUGCUAACUACUUCGACUGCCGAGCUAUGUCCAUUGGAGCCCGUUCCCAAUCAGCUCGUACUUACUUGGAGAGACAUAUGUCUGAAUUUAUGGAGUGCAAUUUAAAUGAACUGGUUAAACAUGGUCUGCGUGCCCUAAGAGAGACACUUCCUGCAGAGCAGGACCUAACUACAAAGAAUGUUUCCAUUGGAAUUGUUGGUAAAGACUUGGAGUUUACAAUCUAUGAUGAUGAUGAUGUGUCUCCAUUCCUGGAAGGUCUAGAAGAAAGACCACAGAGAAAGUCACAGCCUGCUCAACCUGCUGAUGAACCUGCAGAAAAGGCUGAUGAGCCAAUGGAACAUUAAGUGAUAAACCAUUCUAUAUGUGCAUUAUCAAAUAUGUAAGAAUGCAGGAACACAUACUGAUGACAGUAAUCUAUACUUUGAACCAAAAGUUGCAGAGUAGUGGAAUGGUAUGUUUAGGAAUCAGUCCAGAUGUGAGUUGUUUCCAAGCAGCCUCACUGAUGCCAUAUAAUGGGAUUCAUUUUUCUUUCAGAGGGUAUAUGUAUCAUUUUCUAGAAAGUAUAGGUAUCUGUGCUAAUGUUUUUAUAUGAAGAAAAUAGUGUCUUUGUGGUUUAAAAGACAACUGUGAAAUAAAAUUAUUUCACCUCCU